UCAUUACUGUUAAGGGAGCAUUAAGGCAGCAUUCUGCUGUGAAGGGGCGCUAAGGGAGUAUUACUACUGUGUGGGGGGCACUAAGGAAGCAUUCUUUUAUGAAGAAGGCACCAAGGUUGCAUAGCUACUGUGUGGGCACGAAGGGGACUGGGCAGGAUUGGAAGUGGAUAGGAAUUGGGUAGAGUCAGAGACGUGGCUUAGUGUAAAAAGAAAAACUUCAGCAACAUGACACGCACACCAUUAAUAUUAUCCUUCCAUGGUCUUUUUUUUUUAAAGGUUCGGAGGUAUGGCUGUGCAUGAUGGGCAAAGACACCCUAGGCAUGUUCAACCUUUUCCCAUCUGUUCAGUAAAAUGAGGAAUGUGGAAAAAAGGAACAGUUAACAGCAGUCUACUGGCAAGAUAAAAUCAAGCCAGGACAAUCCUGGGUCGGUGAAGGGGUGUAAUCAACAUUUCUGUUUAUCAUCCUGUCAGACAGUCGAAAGGGCCUACAGGCUCUUCUUCAGUAGUCCUAAAAGUAUUUUGUAUUCCAUAGUCCCACAUUUUUCUUGCUCUUUUUUGUCACAGUAUUUCUGACGUGAUUUAAGUAAAAUAAAAUAAUAAUAAUAUUUUACUUAUUGUGGCUACAAGAAAGGAUAUACAGGAUGAAUGAGGAAUGUGGUCUACUGGCACGGGACCUUUCUAAGGUGACAGAUGAAGAAAUGCUAUCCCAUAGCAAAGAGGAACUUGUACGGAAACUGAGAGAGGAGGAAGCAGAAAAAAUGGCAGCCCUUAUCCAAAGAGGUCGUCUUAUUAAGGAAGUCAACCGCCAGCUGCAAGGCCACUUAACAGAGAUUCGAGAGUUAAAACAAGUCAAUCAUCGUCUUCAGGAGGAAAACAGAGAGUUGAAGGACCUGUGCUGCUUCUUGGAUGAUGACAGAUUGAAAAGCAAGAAGCUGGCUAGUGAAUGGCAGCUCUUUGGAUACCAUGCAGCCAAAGUGUUACGUGAAGACUUGGGUGGGUAUCUGAAAAAACUUUCUGAGCUUGAGAGACGUCAGGAUGAGCUUGUGCGGGAAAACUCAUGCCUUUCUGAAGUUUUUCUCGCUCUAGAGGAAGAUGGGGCUUCCAUAAGGCAUCAUGCCAGCCCAGUGGCUUCUUCAGAGCUAAGCCUUUUACCAUGUGGACCACGAGACUUGGGAGAUGGAAGCUCGAGUACAGGGAGUGUAGGGAGUCCAGAUCAACUCCAUGUUGUUUGUUCACCUGAUGACUGAAAACGGAUGUCCUGUCCAAAGUUGUGAAUGUAUAUGGCUAUGAAUGACAAGACUGUUGGACUUUAAAAUGGGUCUUUUUUGGUCAACUAAGCUACUGAGGGGGGAAUCUGGGGUAAAUAGCUAUUUUUUUUUUCUUGUCUACUACACUUUCUGUAUAUAUUGUAUACACAUAAAUUCUUAAGCCAUUUUCUCUGAAAAGAAGACAGCACACUAACUCUGUAUACAUACAGAUUCCAUGGAUCUUGCUUGAUUGCUCCUAAGCACUAGCUUCUGUAUAUGUACAGACUAGCAAGAACUUAAUUUCUGAUCCUUAUUAUUGAUCUCUUUAUAUAUUGAGGCAUGAGAGGGCUCAUUCAAUCCCAAAUGAAUGGGGCCUUUUGCUUGUUUGGGUAGAUGGCAUGGCCCAUCAGUAGCAGGCAAACUUGGUCUCUGCUUCUCUGUAUACAGUAUAUGCAUGUGGGAGAGAGCUUGUUGUCUGCUCUCAGUCUUGGUUCUCUGUAUAUACAGAUGAGACACAACAAAUACUCCUCUCAGUAAAUGAUCAAUGUGUAUGUAUGCAGGAGAGAGCGCAGGGGCACAGUCACUCUCUCUGUAUACCAGUUAGAUGGCAAAAUGAGAUUUCCACUACUGUUUUAUUGUCACAAUGGUAUCCCUGGGCAUAAAUUUUUAUAAACAGAGUUUAUGGUAUUAUUGCCAUAGUUUACUAAAUAGUUCACAUAUAAAAUACAAGUUCUAGUCCAUUCUCCUGGUUAUCAGUUUAGUACUCCAGACAAACCCAUGUGCAAUUUCCAAUGUUUCUCUGUUACUUCAAACAUGAUCUCUGUUGCAUCUGUUCCAGGUUAGGGCCCCUUCACAUAUGUCCAGCGAUCUGUCUUGGUUUACGUCUGGUGUGGUGCAAAAAACACUGUAGGGUAAUUGAAGCUAGAACUAUUUACAUAGUACAGGUAAAAAAAGACAUAGGUCCAUCAAGUUCUACCUUGGGAUGGGAGAGGAUGUGAAUUAAGGGAAGGAAAGUGAGAAACCAGAAUUCUACAGAUUAUCAUAAGCAUUAGGGUACAGCCACAUGAUCAGGUUUUCUGAUGCAAUUUUGGAAGCCAAAAUCAGGAAUGAGUAAUAAAAACAAAAGAGAAGUUGUAUUUGUCCUUUAUACUUUCUCUCCUUCUAUGAUCCACUUCUUAUUUUGGCUUCCAAAACUUCAGAAAACUGCACAAACCAGACUGUGCGGCUCUAUUCUUAUUGUUACUUAGUUCUAAGAAUACAUCUACCGUAUUUUUCGCCCUAUAAGAUGCACCUGCCUAUAAGACGCACCUAGGUUUUUGAGGAGGAAAAUAAGAAAAAAAAUAUUUUUAAACAAAAGGUGUGCUUUUGGUGGGUUU